AAAAGAAGCAGAUAAGCGGGUCCCUUCGGGAGUUAUUCGUCAGCUGAAACACCGACUCUGAUCAUACUCAAUCAGGGCUCACUUUUCUCAGGGGGAGUUGCUGCGGCGGACAUGGCUCGUUUUCUGCGUCUGAUGUUUUUCAUCAUCAUCGUUCUGAUCAACGGUUUUCAAAUCCUGGAUGCUGCAGAGCUUCCAGUUUUAACGUGUAAGGUGACAAAGAUCGAUACAUCUUUCUGGUACCAGAUCUUUGGUAAACCCAACUCAACUGGCUACUCUUCCUGUUGGGAGGAUAAGAAUCGUAAAGUGAUUGUGAAUAUAAAGUCAAUCUACAACACAAGUAUUGUGAAGUCCUUACAUGAAGACUCAGUGGAGCUUUUUGUUUGUGAAGACUUCCUGCGCUACAACAUGGAGCGGCACGAGAAAGACGGAACACUUUCAGAACUGACUGCUACCUGUGAAGUCAAUUGCACUGAUCUGAUGGCCAAAGAUUCCGAUGGUUUUCCAAAUUGGGGAAUUGCUGUCAUCGUUCUUGGAAUAAUCCUUCCUGGAAUAUUCAUCGUAACAAUCUUCAUUUUUGGAAAAAGACUUCUGAAGCAGGUCGACUGUAGAUUCCUGUCUCAGAACAGUUGCAGCUCCCGGACCAACGGGCUCCAACCUUCACAGCCUCUGACCCAGAGUGAAGCAGAGGCCAUCAAGGAAAACCUACAAAAUGAACAAGUCUCCAUUUCUAUGACAACCUGAUUCCCCCCUCGACAAAAAGUGCCUGACUCCUGUAGGGUGCACCUCCUGAAGGCUGCACCUCCUCCAGGCUGCACUGCUGUAACUGUGCCUGCACAUUCUGA